AUGGACGCCAAUAUCGACCCCAUUCUUCAAGCUAUUCCCGGCACAGCAGCCCCUCCCACCUUGACGCAGGCGUCAACUAGACCAACAUCAACUCUGGAAGCUCCGCCUAGCCACGCUAUCCCUCUAGCGAUGGGCCCAACCACAUCCCCGCCGGCCGGGCCCAACUACAUCCUCCCACCACUGCCUACUUUCCCAGCUCUCCGAAACAACCCCAGUCCUCCAGCCAAACACGUUGUGCCUGCCCCCAUAACCAUGCCCAGUCCAACGCAUACCCUCCCGCCACUUCCCGCCUCGCAGGCGCCGAAUCCUCCUCAGAUCGCUGGUGAAGCUGUAUAUCGCGAAUGCAUCGAGAUUCGGAAGCAGAUCGCUGUCCUCGAGCAGUACAACCAAGCGUUAGUGGAUCGAACGGCGUGGCUCCAGGCAGAGCAUUCCUCGUUGACGGGUGCGCAUGCUGCACUCAGGGCCGAAUUUGAUGCACUCUCGAAGGCGGUUGAGGAGCUGAAGGUAUCGACCUCGACAAUCGUGGAAUCGGCCAGCAGCAGCUCCUCGGCGACGAUAUUCGACGUGCUGUGCGAUGGCGACGGUCAUGUCAAUGAUGCGAUUGCGAAAUUGGAGGAGGACGUGGUAGACGAGCUCACUGCAUCCGAUUUCCAAAAGAGCACUUACUGCCAUCUGCUUGUCAACGAAGCUGUCAAGGCAGUCCUUGGCAUCAGUGUCCUCAAUAAGAGGGACCUCUUCCCCGUCGUCCCUAACCCCGACCUUCCAGACGAAGACAUUCUAAGCCGUCCGUUGAUCAAAGGCACCACCAUCCACAUUCAACGGUACCUUUGGGAAUUCUCUGAAACCAAUCCACACAACGAGAAAGUCAUCGGCAUCCUAGCAGACUAUGUAAUGGCGCACGGUUGGACGUACCAUGAAGAGGCCGCAGCUGCAGGGAAGAUCCUUUCGCUCCAUCAGUGGAAGGUCUCUUUCAAAUCCAAGAUGGCGCGCAUGCGGGGUAUAUGGCGAGGUAAUUCUGAAACCGCUGCAGUCAAGAGGGCGGAUAAGAAGACUCGAACUGACAUGUUGAACCGGGCUCGAUAUAAAUGCGCACGGCGCAUUCGCUGCCGCGAGACGUAUCCACAAGAUCAUGAAAUCAACCACCCAAAGUACGACCCAGUCUUCACUGCCCAGAUGCAAUCCGACGACGAAGACUUUCAAAAUCCCGACGGCACCAUUGACAAGUCCAAAUAUCUUUCGAGGCCUGCAACGUGGGAGUCAGCGGAGCUGCGUCGCAUCAAGGCUCUGGCGGAUGCUGGUCGUGAUCCACAGGCGUCGACUCAGGCGACUAUCCGGAUUGCAGGAACACCCAAGGAGACUGAGGGUCCACCAUUCACAAAGGGACUUGUCGGUCGUGCUCGUCGAUGGAUGGUUGACCCAGACUGGUUGGCGAAGCAUCCCGAUGUCGAUGUUGAGACCCGGAUUGCGGCUAAUGGAAAGCAUUGGGGAGAUGCAGAGGAUCCAGAGGACAUCCUGCAGAAGAAGGAGGCCUUGAAGGCGGCCAAGGGUGCCCUAGCCCUAAAACGCAAGGCCACAAGCCAGACGGGGAAAAGUGGAAAGAAGGGGAAGGCAGUGGCGGAAGAGGCCAGUGUUUCUGGUGCCGAAUUUUUUUAG